AUGAUCUGCUAUUGCAUUUUUGAAGUAUUCAGUGACCUUGAAUGCCUCUCAAUCAUAAUCGCCUGUCUCUCGCAUGAUUUGGAUCAUCGCGGCACAAAUAACCAGUUCCAAAUUCAAACAAUGUCUCCCCUCGUCAAUCUCUAUUCAACUUCCGUUCUGGAGCAUCACCACUUUGAUCAGUGCAUUAUGCUUCUCAAUACAAAAGGGACGGACAUUCUCUGCAACCUAAGUCAUGAUGAGUACCGGAAAGCUGUGAAUAUCAUGGAAAAGGCUAUUCUGGCCACCGAUCUCUCUCGAUAUUUCGCUCGUCUACCUGAGUUCCGCAAAAUGCUGGACGAGCGUCUCACCGCUGUGGGCGAAGGUGAUCGUGAACUAUUGAUGUCCAUGAUGAUGACCGCAAGUGAUAUCUCCGCUAGUACAAAGCCGUGGCCAGUGCAAAAGAAGUCUGCAGAAAUGGUCUCAAACGAAUUCUUUGAACAAGGGGAUCUUGAACGGCAGAAGUUCAAUAUUAAACCAUGCGCUAUGAUGGAUCGAGAAAUGAGUCACAAAUUUCCGCAGAUGCAAAUAGAUUUCAUCGAAGGAGUCUGUACUCCUGUUUACCAGUUGAUCGCCCGUGUCUGUGACCGUUUGACGCCCUUACUUGAAGGUUGUCAGGCAAAUAAGGAAUGUUGGAAUAGUUUAGCUAAUGGGGAGCAAAUUAAAGAGGAAUCUAUGCGAUUACCGACCGAUGAGGAUGGCGCAGAUGCAGGCUAUCGCGAGCAUUUGAUGGGUCUCCUUUAUACACUCUCGAGUGAUCCUAAUCGGGCAUCUCCCGCGUCGCAGACCUUAGAGGCCUCAAACAAGACGGCUGCUCUGUCGAAUACUGCUGGGAAUGGUGAUGAGACUAUUUCGUCUACAACAGUAGGCGGAGGACGAAGUGGCUAA